AGCGGAGAUCAGCGGACAUCAGCGGAAAUCAGCGGAAAUCAGCGGGACUGGGACGGUGGGCCGGAGACGGUAGACGGAGAACGGAGGUGAGAGUGGCCGGCCGUCUGCGUGAAGCAGCAGAUCUCAGGGAAGACCUGGGGGCCAGUGAAUUUCUGGUCGCCUGGGUUGGUGGCCGACACCAGUGUCCUGCCCAGCCCCAUCCACGAAAGCCUCAUCAAGGAGCGUGCAGUGAGGACCACGAUGUCCAACCCCUUCCUGAAGCAGGUCUUCAACAAGGACAAGACCUUCCGCCCCAAGCGCAAGUUUGAGCCAGGCACCCAGCGGUUUGAGCUACACAAGAAGGCACAGGCAUCAUUGAAUGCAGGGCUGGACCUGAAGCUGGCCGUGCAGCUGCCUGCCGGUGAGGAGCUCAACGACUGGGUGGCCGUGCACGUGGUGGACUUCUUCAAUCGCGUCAACCUCAUCUACGGCACCAUCAGCGAUGACUGCACUGAGCAGUCUUGCCCUGUCAUGUCAGGCGGCCCCAAGUACGAGUACCGCUGGCAGGAUGAGCACAAGUUCCGCAAGCCCACAGCACUGUCGGCCCCACAGUACAUGGACCUGCUCAUGGAUUGGAUCGAGGUGCAGAUCAACAAUGAAGACGUCUUCCCCACCAACGUUGGCACGCCGUUCCCCAAGAACUUCUUGCAGGUGGUGAAGAAGAUCCUGUCCCGGCUGUUCCGCGUGUUUGUGCAUGUCUACAUCCACCACUUUGACCGCAUCGCGCAGAUGGGCUCCGAGGCGCACGUCAACACCUGCUACAAGCACUUCUACUAUUUUGUCAAGGAGUUUGGCCUCAUAGACACCAAGGAGCUGGAGCCGCUGAAAGAAAUGACUGCACGGAUGUGCCACUGAGAGCCCCUUGGCCUCACUGUCACCAAGGCAGUCCCAGGGGACACUCUGACUUGAGGGCCACCUCCCUGGAACGUGGACUGUGUUUCUGCCCCAGCAGGUCAUUGACCUCCGCAGUGGUCAGAUGGUAACCUCUGUGCCCCCAAUGCUGCACUGGACACUGGGGUUGAGCCCUUUUUCUGAUUCUGAGGUGACAGCAGGCCCAGCCUCCGAGAGUCCCACAGGGGAAGAUUGAACUUGAACUCUGAUUCUGUGCGCUGCAAACAACUAGGAAAAUCCACUUUAUCUAUAAAGCACUUGGGUCUGCCUGGAGGCUGGAGCUCUACCUUCCCUUCAUGAGCCUGUCCCAUAAUGCCCCCAGCGUGCUUGGCCUGGGAGAGAACAGACUACACAGGCUCUGGGUCAGCAAGACAGGAGCCCGCCUCUGCUGUGCCUUCAAGCCUCAGUUUCCCCACAGCCUGCUUCCUGUAGCCCCAUGUCCGUGUCAUAAGAGGUACAACGUAGCCCUGACUCCCUUCCCCUCCCUCCUCCCUUCCUCAGUCUCCUUCUGUUCCUUCAGUUCCUCCAAGAUACUCGGCUCAUCUGUCAGGGUUUCCCAGACUCCACAUCUGCACCCCAGAUUUCCUGGGGCCCCUUCACAUAUCAUAAUGAUUGAGUUUUUAUACAAUUUCACUGACAACCACCUUGAGAUGUUAAGAGAAAACAGCUUUUUAUCUGUAAAUAGUGAACUCACCUCCCCUCUAGACAAAUACCCCUCCAUGAUGAAUAACCCAGGAUGACCCUCCCAUAGAGCGUCUCUCGGGUUUGGGGUCUUUGAACCUGGCCUUUCUUAAUGUGCCUGCCCAAUUUACAUGAAACCCUUGAUGUGACCCUCUGUGGCCAGGGGACCAGAGUCCUAGCACUGUCUUUCCACAAAACAUUGGGGCAUAUGACCAGGAACCCACAUGCGGCUGCAUGGAAGUGACAUGAGGAAGCCACAUGCUGCUCCAGGCCCCCUGCCCUUGGGGCACCAGACUGGCAGCUCUUCCUACCCACCUGCCUCUGAGGACCUCGGCGCCUGGGAUUCCCGCAGAAUAGAGGGGCUCCAUCACCCAACACCAAGGAGUGCAGCGGACACCACCAGGUCCAGCCCUCAGAUCCCUGGGCACACAGACCCCACAGGACUACAGAAAACCGUCCGAUCAAAUAUAGCUCCUCCUUUUAAAUACAAAACCACAGCCAAACACCAAAACCACUAUAUUCCCACCCCGGUCACCACCAGCUCUUUUCCCUCAGCCAGGCCAGGUUGGGGAAGGUGGCGGGGACUGUAGGGCGAGAAGGGCCCCUCCCUCCCCUCAUGUGCCUGCAGGUGUUCGCAUGUGAACAUCAGAAUAAAUUGUGCCAUUUUUGU